UGAAUAUUGACAAUUUUUAUUAAUUACAAAGAAAAAAAUAAAGCUUAUUUACUUUAUCAUCUAAUAUAGGUUAUAUUUGUACAUGAUAUAAAAAAAACCAUAAAUGAUGGUAUUUUCGGCCAUCAUAGUUAAGAUGGAAUUGUGCAUCUUACAAUAUAUUUCUCGAAAUAUCGUACAAUUUACUAUUUAAACAAUAUUACCUUGAUUAUUAAUCAUUAUGUCAGUAUAUUAAUAUGCGAAACGCUAUCAAACAAAAAGUAAUUAACUCGUUCAAUAUAUUAAACUAAACAUUCAUUAAUCGGUAUAUUUACUUGUAUACAAGGGCACAUUCAGGUUAAAAAAAUAAGAUGUUGCAUUAAGUAUGUCAUUAAGUUUUUGGAAGAUAAAUAGCUGUGAUGGAUGAUGUAGAUACUACAGUAUUUUAUGAUGAUGAAAAUGACUUCAUUGGACUUGGUUAUUAUCAUGGUCAAGAAUAUGAUUAUGAAUACGAAGAUGCUGAAGGAGAAACAUUUUCCGAACUCUAUCAAUAUUGUCUUGUACCUACACUCUAUGAUACAGGAUUUUAUAUGUUGCCACUGUUUCUUGCAAUGUUUAUCUUUCGAUUUGUAUCUCAAAUGCAAUCUAUUUCUGAUAGAUUAUUUCAUGGAUUUUCACUGGUCAUUGGAAUAUGUAUUAUUCAGCAUUAUGCGCAAGAAUGUUUAUUUUUAUUAGUAUUAUUUGUUAUACUUUCUUACAUUACUUUACAUAUACCAAAGAAGUAUUAUAAAGAUAUAGGAGUCUUCUUGCCAUCACUUUUUAUAAUUGCACAUUGUGAAUUUUAUAUGAAACCGAUAAUCUGGCAUAAAGUACGCAGUAUAAUUAUGACCAUGGCAAUGAAAACUAUUAGUGUUGCUGCAGAUAGCAUUGAAUCUAACAACAUACCAGAUUUUUACAGUUAUAUGGGAUAUAUGUUUUGUGCAGCUACUUCGUUCUUUGGCCCAUGGGUUCCAUUAAAAGAUUAUUUGGCCUUACGCCGGCCAAGUCAACAAGGAAAAUGGUGGUUAUUAAUUGUAAUUGGAUAUACUCUUCAUUCAUUCCUUUUUCUAAGUAUGUCAAACUGUUGGAUACAAUGGAUAUUUUCAGACAAUUCAUGGAAGUGGCUAAUAGCUUAUAAAGAUGCAUUAUCUUUCAGAACAUCCCAUUAUUUUAUCUCAUACAUGGCAUCAGCCAUAUUAUUUUUAGGAGGAUAUCCAUACUCAUUAAUAUCUAUUGUUAAACCAUUAGAAAUUGAACUACCACGUUCACUCGUUCAAGUUGUUGUAUAUUGGAAUAUUCCAAUGCAUUUCUGGUUAAAAAAAUAUAUAUUCCGUCCAAGUCUCAAGUAUUUAGGAAAAUUUGGAGCCGUAACUAUUACUUAUCUAACAAGUUCUCUUCUACAUGGAUUAAAUUUUCAAUUGGGAGCAGUAUUAUUGAGUCUUGGUUUAUAUACGUUCAAUAGUUUAUCAUUAACAAUGGAAUGUAUGGAAAAAAGUCAUCAAAUUAAUGUAAUGAAAUCAAAAUGUGAUAAUAAAAUUGACAUUAACGAAGAAAAAAAGUUAGUUAAUACCAACUUGGGUGUAUUACAUAGUACAAAAAUGGAUACUACACCUUAUCAAGAUGAUACAGAAAAGAAAAUUAUACUUCUUAAGCAUUUACUAGAAAAGGAUCCAAAAGCUGCAGAUUUAAAAUGGUCUCUCUUUAUAUCAGCAUGUAAUACGUAUCGUUAUGAUACUUGUUUAAGACCAUUUCCACCUAUGUAUAUAAAAAAUGAAUGCAAGGAUAUAGAAGCUUUGAGAAAAACUGUAGAACUGAUACCUCCAUUGGCAGUAAUAUUUAGAGAACUUCAUGAGCCAAAUGUAUAUGCUAAUUAUGGACCAGCUAUAGACUUGUUACAUUGGGUGUUAAUAAGAUUGAGAGAUCCUUAUAUUAAAAGUAUAAAUAAGGAAAAUUAUAAUUCUGUAUUAAGGAAACUACCUUCUGAAAUGCAAGUUGCUACACCAAAUUUAAUAUUUCAAAUAGCAAGUGCAAAGCAAUCAGCCGCAGAAGAAAAGUGGAAAUAUAAUGGGCAAGGCUAUUCUACAUUAUAUGCAUAUCACGGGAGUCGUUUAGAAAAUUUUCAUUCAAUUCUACAUUAUGGUUUACAACAGAACAUGUGUAAGAAAUCGCUUUUUGGAAAAGGAAUAUAUCUUUCAAGUGAAUUAGGAGUAAGUUUACCAUAUAGUCCAGUAGGCUAUGGAUGGGGUGGCAGUGUUCUUGGUAGUGAAUUGAGUUGUGUAGCUCUUUGUGAAUUUAUUAAUCACCCUACUAUAAAAAAACAUAAUUCAGGAGUUAGAAUACAAAAUACGUUAUCUGAAUCAGUUCCGGAUAAAUAUUAUUUAGUUACCAACAGUGAUUUAGUAAGGAUUCGUUAUCUUCUUGUUUAUAGUCAAGAAGUUCAUCCAACGAGGAGUAAUGAAAGUUCUGGAUUAUUGGACUGGUUUAGACAGCAUAAAUUAUUAACUUUUAUGCUUGGAUAUGUCAUAUUAUUAGCUUCAGUUGGAUUGACACAUAAUAAGCAAGUAGAAAAGUAUUAUAGAUUGUUUGUCCAAAAAACUGGACUUAACUAAAGCAAGAGGAAAACUAAUAAAAUUUAACAAUCUGAAAUAAUCUGCAUAAAUACUGCAUUAUUACUUAUAAAUAAUUCUGGUGUUUUUUGGGCAUAAAAAAAUACCUUUUAAUUUACACUUUUUAUAUAGAAAAGAUUUCUAUCAACAAUUAUUACUUAUACUCUAUAUUAUAUAAACUAAUAUAUAAAAAUAUUUGAUAUAUAAAAAAAAUAAUAUUGUGUGUACAUAAUGUAAAAUUAAUGCAUUAUUUAACUAACUUAAGACAAAUUUUUAUUGCCAAAUCAUAUAGUGAUUGCAUUUACGUGCUGCUACAGUUUAUAUUUUUAUAUAUCAACAGUAGUUAGUAUCUGGAAAGUAUUAUAGGAAAAUUUUCAGUAACUAAAUAAUCGUCUUCAAAUAUAAUAAUAAGAUUUACUUCAAAUUCUGAAAUCAAAUAAAAUGCAAUAUUAAAAAUCAGUUAAAUUAAUAUUAAAGAAGACUUCCGUUUCCUUCAAACUUUUUUAUCAUAAAAAAUUUCUUACCAACUUUGAAGUUACUUGUGCUUAAAGUGGGACAAGUAAAUAAUCUUGGAAAUAUCAUAUAAAUAGGUAUGGGUAAAUUCGUACAUACAUUUCCUUCUCCUAUCUGUAUAUUCUGUAUUUCUGUUGCUGUAAAAUAUAUUAUAUUUGAAAACAAUUUCAUAAAGUUUACUUAUUGAUAU